GUGGAGAAAAGUGGUAGAGCGGGGAACUGUAAAAGAGAAGUCCAAAAUAUUGUUCUCUUUUUUUUUUUUUUUCUACAACUUACAAUACAUUAAAAUGGCUGAAGGACUCAAGAUCGAUCCCGCAAUUGAGAGAUGGGCACAUCUCCGUGAAAACACUCAUCUCUAUUUCAAGUGGAAUCAAAGAAACACCAGAAGAUCUUUAUUCUGGGGUAUUGUUAUUCCCGUUGGCCUCACAGUCAUCUCUUAUGGAACAGACCGUAAAUGGAACUUUGCUGCUGCUCAAACAAAGGAAGAUUUAACACCUACCAAGGCCUAAUUUUACACAAGAAAAUAAAUCGAUUUGAUAAA